CUUUGGGAUGGUAUUGUCAUGCAAAUAAAGGACGCGUAAAAUACUCCCCCAGAGCGCAGCGCAGGGCAGAGACUCACACGGACCGCGCGGAGGACACAGACCGGGCCACACGGUGGAUUUGUAUCGUUUUCGUCGCUACGGACCCGUCCAUCUGUCACAGACAUCCUGGCCACAUGAGCAGCGACAUAUAGCCGGGACGUGUAGCCAGGAAUCAGGUCGGACCGUUUAAGGAAAACCUGCGGAGGCUGCCCUGUGGAGAUAGUGGUCAUACUUCCAAUUUCCCCGAGUGAAGUUGGAGGUGUCUCUCUUCUCCAUCCCCUGCUAUAGGCUACCUGCUGCUGCUACAGAGGGGGGACUACGUCUAGACACCCCUGGAUCGCUUGAGAGCACCCUUUAUGGUUUAGGGAUUUUAGGAUCUCUCAAAUAUUAACAUUUUUUGCACACCAAGUGUGUUAUUUCCUCUCUUGUCCUUUUUGGGAUAUAUACAGUGGUCUUUUUUCUGUUUAAGUACUUUAAAGUGCCUUAAUAACUGGUUAUAAUCCAGUGUAACUGUGGCAUUGUCACCAGACCAGAGACGCUCAACAGGGAGAAGACGAUUAUUAUCAGCUUUAGAGCCCAGGCAGGAUUACUGGUUCCCCCACCCUCCAGCGAGCUGCAACCAUGAGCCAGGCGGAUGUGUCGACUUGCUCCGCGCCGCAGAGAGUUUUCCAGGAGGCGGUGAAGAAGGGCAACACCAAGGAGCUGCACUCUUUGCUGCAAAACAUGACAAACUGCGAGUUCAACGUCAACUCCUUCGGGCCAGAAGGACAGACGGCCCUGCACCAGUCUGUCAUAGACGGCAACCUGGAGCUGGUAAAACUGCUGGUGAAGUUUGGUGCAGAUAUCCGACUGGCCAACAGGGAAGGGUGGAGCGCUUUACACAUCGCCGCCUUCGGGGGCCACCAAGACAUUGUGCUAUACCUCAUCACCAAGGCCAAGUACUCCUCUGGCGCCCGGUGAUCUGUCUCUGCUGUCAGGUAAAACAAAUAAGAAAAUAGAAAACAACAAGUGGAAAAAAAACUGCAACACACGGGAAAGCCAGGCUCUUGUCAAAGCAAAUAUAAAAAACUGCCAUUAUCUACAUAGUUGUGCCAAAUUAAAAUGAUAAAAAAAAAAGGAAAUAAAAAUAGACCUGCACAAUAAUCUUCCCUCAUUGUAAACCAAACGGGGCCCUCUCUGCACUCCUGAGUGGCGCACCACAUGCUCCAUACACAGCGCUUCAAUCUUUAACAAAAGCAACGCCAUUUCGGUGAGUUUGUUGGUACUAAAGCUUUCCUCUUGAAUGUCUAUACUAGAUCUCGUCGUCCACUAUAAAAGAAGCCAGUGUCUGUGUAUCCCAUGUGUGUGUGUUUGGACUCCUGAGUGCAGAUGGCCCAGUUUUUUUUCUCUAUCCAUGACCCCCAGUUGAAUAGUUUCUUUGUGGGGGGGGCUGUUGCUCCUCAUUGUUCACUUGUAAAACCCUUUUUAAGUUAUUUUAUAUGAAACACGGCACUUGAUGCUACAUGGCUGCAUGCUGGAAUAUCUGAAAGGGAAGACACAUGAACAAGAGAAGAAGGGUUGCCCUCUGUUGGCUACCAGAGGUCUGUUUUCUUUCAUAGAUCCAUUGAUUAUUUUUUUUAUUUUAUUUUACUUAAAGAGCGGCAUUAUGGCUAUCCAACACGCUUUCAGAUGUGUAAUCAUUAUGUAACAACAAGUGGCUCCAUCAUUGUUGUGAAGUACUGUACACAAUAGCUUUACUUUUUUUGUUUUUUGUUUUUUGUUUUUUUUAAAAAAAGAGAUAAGAAUAAAAGAGACAGUAGCUGAAUGCGCUCUUCAUGCAGAUCUUGCCAUGCUGGCGUCCAACUUUUUCAGGCCAGUUGCGACCACUUUGCCGAUGGUCAUUGUGUUAUUAAGAAAAAACCGCUGCUUUCGCUUUGUAUCAAAAGAAAAAAAAAGACAAGUCGCAUUUGGAAUUCACUUUAUAAUCUCCUUUCAGUAUUUUAUUAACAUCCUAGUCAUCACUGUGAAAGCAGGCUGGGUUUUUUUUUUAUUUAUGAAGGUACAUUGAGAAGAUGCAUUUUUUUUUUUUUUUUUUUGAAUAUGUUGUGGUUCUUCUUAAGAAAAAAAAUCUAUAUAAGUAGGGUGACUCAAGCUGCUUCAGACUCGUAGUAUAAACUGUCCCGUGUGGAGGUAGACCUGCCACUCCCCCCCCCCCCCCCAUCCUCUCCCCUCCUCUCCAUCCACCCCUCUGUUGAAGCCUGUUGACCCUCAAGAGGACUUUCUCCCCCCCCUCCUCCCACCCUCCCUCCCAUUAAAAGGACUUUGUUUGGUUGCCUUUUGCCAGCUACCUCGACUAUAAAGUAUUCUCAAGUUGUUCAGCUCUCUCACCACUCUGCCACGUUGUUUGGAGUCUGAGGAGAUUCACAAUUUGUCUGUGAUCAUCCGCAUGCCAGUAUGUUUUCCUUUUCUUGUUUAUUUUGUAGCCUAACAGACAGAUGGACUUCAGUACAGAAGAUGCAAUGAACCCACUCCUGCAUCCUCAGUCGGGACAGUUUAUUUUUACACUACAACCAAACCUGUCAAGCAAUGCAUCGUUUUUGCUUCUCUGCAAGGGAGUCUGCUUCUCUGUCUGUCUCUUUCACACACACACACAUACACACACAUACACACACACACUGCCAUUGUUUUCCCUAUAAACCUCCACUCUCCUCUCUCUCUCUGUCUUCAUUUUCCAGUCAUACAACAACAACAAAAAUGGAAUUGUAUCGCAUGACUUUUUAAUGCAGGGAGUUUUAUUGCACAAAAAUGCGGAGCCUUGUGCGCCCCCAGUGUUUGUACGGGGUAACUGCAGGAGCCAAGGCUUUGGAAUAGUUACUACUACUGAGCAGGACCCUAAUACUGUUGGACGAUGAAGACUUUAAAUAAAACAAAAAAAAAAACAACAACACAUGACUAUUGCAGGAUUUCACAGACAAAAAAAAGGAAAAUUGGUUUCAUAAACUUGCCUGCUGCAUUUUGAAAGUCAUGGCACCCUAACAUUUGUAUCAAUGCUGCUUGUAUGUUUCUUGUUUUUUGUUCAUGUUUUUUUUUUUUUUGUUUAAAGCCUACUGCUCAAAUGGCCAAUAUAGAAGCUUCACAGGUGUACCUCAUGAGAAGCUGCUGAAAGAGAGUGUGUCUUUUUUUAAUUGAAGUGUGUCUGUGUGAUUGUGUGCUUCUCCUGAGGGCCCCCGUGUCGCUUGCUGUUGUUCAAACAAGAGAACUUCCCAUUUUUAAAAACCUGGAACCACAAGUUCAAACUGAAGCGAUAGAUCCACUACAUCAAGGUAUAGAUUGGUAUCAAGGCCACAAAUUAAAUAUGCAUCGCUUUGUCUUAAACUUGAUGUUUUAUUUCUCUUUUUUUUUUUUUUUUUUUUUUUUUUUUUUUUUUUUUUUUU